GGGCGGGGAGGUCAGGUGACCCGGCCGGCGUCCCAAGAUGGCGGCGGCGGCGGCGCCCGGGAGGCCGUGGUACCGUCCCGGCUGCUGAGGUGGGCCCCGCGCGGCUGGCGGCGGACAGGCCGGAACAAGGGCCCGCAAACGGGCGACCGCCGCCUCUGCGCGCCCCGCGGCCGCAGCCGGACCGUGCAGCGUUGGCGCCGUGGAAUGCUUGUGCUGGGCCUGGCCUCUCCCUCCUCAACUUAGGGCGGCGGCGGGCCCGCGCCCAGGCUGCCGGGCCAUGGCGCUGAGGGAGCUCAAAGUGUGUCUGCUGGGGGAUACGGGUGUAGGUAAAUCAAGUAUUGUAUGGCGGUUCGUGGAAGACAGUUUUGAUCCGAACAUCAACCCAACUAUAGGGGCAUCUUUUAUGACCAAGACUGUCCAGUACCAAAAUGAGCUACAUAAAUUCCUAAUCUGGGAUACAGCUGGACAAGAACGAUUCCGUGCCUUAGCACCAAUGUACUAUCGAGGGUCAGCUGCAGCCAUAAUUGUUUACGACAUCACGAAAGAAGAGACUUUUUCAACAUUAAAGAAUUGGGUAAAAGAGCUUCGACAGCACGGCCCACCUAAUAUUGUAGUUGCCAUUGCAGGAAAUAAGUGUGACCUUAUCGAUGUAAGGGAAGUCCUGGAGAGAGACGCCAAGGAUUACGCCGACUCCAUCCAUGCGAUUUUCGUAGAGACCAGCGCGAAAAAUGCGAUAAACAUAAAUGAACUCUUUAUAGAAAUUAGUCGAAGAAUUCCAUCCACUGACGCCAACCCGCCGUGUGGCGGGAAGGGCUUCAAACUCCGAAGACAGCCGUCAGAGCCAAAGCGGAGCUGCUGCUGACCGAGCCCCCUCAGGCUCCAGCGCGCUGGAGUGGGUGGGCCUGAAAGCGCACCGCAGGCUUUCACCUAGCCGGGCUGGGUCUCCUUUGCGCAAAACAAAGUCAGAAAUCCACCAGUUCUGUUUCCUCUCUGAAGACCGAGCAGUAAUAUUUGUGGACUUCUGUUAUGUAAAGACUCUCUGGUGUACAAAGGGACUACACGGUCGGCUUUGGACCUCGCUGAAAAGGAACAUGUAAUUGUAUGGAGGGUAGGAUUAAAUUGUGGAGUAGUUUUGUAAUCAAGAUUUUAUGUAACAUUUGUAAAGAGAAAAUUAGCACUUUCGUGGUUCUUGAGGGGGAAAAAGACUUUGUGGAGAUUAUAAUUUCUUUGGUUUCCCGUUACCACUGUUAUCCUUUAAAAUGUGGUAGGAUAUCGCUAAGUGGAGGGAUGGCAGUUAUUAUUUGAAGCUAAAAUGGGUUAUUUAUAGGACUGAUGGAAAUGAUUUCAUCCCCUCCGUCUCCAAAGCACUUUUCAUUGAAUACAUUAGCCCAGGAUACACACAGUAAAUUAACAAGAACAGAUCGUGGCUAACCCUAGGUUUGCAUUCUGACCUGUCAUGUACGUGUCACCAAACUCAUUAUUGGCACCUUUUUUAAUAAGCUCUCAUGAUCAGGAUGGUGGUGGUAGAGAAGCUGCCUGGAAUAAAUUGAAUUGCAUAUGUUUAAAAUGACUAACAAUGGUUUAAAAAGGAGGAAAAAGAAAGUGAAGAACGUGGUGUAAAUGCUGUCAAUUUUUUAUUUAACCCAAAUAUUUUGGUGAUGAAAACAGUUAUCUGUUUCUUAGCGUAUGUAAAGUCGUAGUCUAUAUUUAUGAGACCAUUGCUUAAAAAUUAUUAAUUAUGUAAAUACAUUAAUAAAUUCUAUGUUUCAUCCAACACUCCAUUUCAUCUUGCACCGUCUGGCGUGUGCCCGCCCAGUUUUCAGCCUGUCCACGGGGGACUCUUUGAAGCUCACUGAUGCUGUGCGAGAGCGUGGAACACUCCGCUUACAAUCUUUAAAGAUUUCGCUGCCUUCCCUUGUACCCUCCCCCCCAAAAUCCCAUCUGGAAAUCAUAAUACAGACAUAUGGCACUUUGACAAGCCUGAGUGGCCCUUCCUAGCCUUGGGGUAAAAAAUGAAGCUCCGAGCGCAUGCCAUUUACCUGGUCUUGGUAAUAAGUUCCUUUCAGCUUUAGAGCAACCUCAGACCGACUGCUUUAAGAGAGCUUUCCUUGUUAACAAUUUAGCUUAUCUUUCCGUUUCCUUUAUUUUCCCCUGCCUCUGUUAGUGGUUAACACUCUUUUCCCUCAGGGAGCCUAAUGAGGUUUUUAAUAUAAUCUAAAAAUAAAGCACUGAAGUGAAGUUGGUGAAAAUUUGUUCCUGGUCUAAUUUGGCACCCUUCCAACCUGAGUAUUGUAAGGGAAGGAAAUUUAUAAGAUUAAAUAGGAAAUGAAACAGCUUGAAUUUCAAACUAAAUUGUGUUUUCAGAGCUAUCCUUAAACUGAACAGUCAAAACUUUUAAAAAUAAUUAUUUCUUUGUGCACCCCACUUGAUAUGGGUAGAUUUGAAUGGGAAAAUUAUAACUCAGAUUAAGUAAAAAACGAUUCCCUUUUCCCUGGUGAAUAUCUUAAGCAUUUGAAAUUGUUUAUUUUCUUACUGAAAUCCUACAGGAGGAAUAUAGUUAGUGAAAUUUCUAACGUCGUUUUGUUUAAAAUCCAUGUGGACUCUCUAACCCCUAGCAUCUUGCUUCCUUCCCAGUGUGAAAUUAGCAACCUUUAAGAGAAAAGCCGUGAUUCCAGGGGUGGGCUCUCCCUGAAGGUGCUUUCACUUUAUUUCAUAUACAUCCAGAUAGAUUGGGGCCUCUGGCCACUGCCGGGGUUUAUCCCUAGCUUUCCCACAGCUGUGCCUCAAUCUCCACGACAACAAAAUAAAAACAAAAGUUGUUUCACUCACUACCGAAGAGGCGAUGCAUGUGUGGCCCUUUCUCUCUUAUUUUACCAAAAGAUGACGCAAAUCUGUGACCUUCACAAUAUUCCCACCAAAGCUGUCAGUCCAUGUUGAUGAUUUCAUGGUGUCUGGGUGCACAGGGAAAAGCAAAAGGCUCCCCUGCCUCUGAUACUGUUGUGACAUUUACUGGAUUUAGCCCCAGACAGGUCCAUCCCUUCAGCCCUCUGCAGCUGGUCUCCCUUCAUGAUUUCUCAUAUGCCUUCCUAUAGGUAGAGAGUGAUUCUCUUCAGGUAUAGCCACCUGUUUUAUUAACAGAAUGACAUAUGGCACGAUCCUUCGUGCGUUUCUGGGGCCUCUUCCCUCAUUUUCACCGGUCUCAGAAAUUGACAUGGCACUACUUCUCAUGCAAUAUCUUUUUAAUCCUCAAAACAACAAAUGGCUAUCUCAGAUCCAUGAUCCAUACUCGAUGAAACAGGAAAAAUGUUUUCAUUUAUUUUGUUUGCUUAUAAAGUGCAAAGGUGAAUGUUAAAGUCAGGAGCAGGGUUUGACUUGGAACACGGUUUGGAUAUGAACCUGACUAAGCAAUGCUCUAACACACAUUUCAUACAUCCUUCAGUCUUAUUUCUCAGGAGAAAAAGCUAGAUUUCAAAGGAAUCGAGAUAUAACCCAGCCAUGAAAAUCUUCUGUUUGGUUCCCUUGUCACACGGGGCCACUUUUUAAAACUUUGGGGACUGAAAAGAAAAAUCAUUAAUUAACCGCAAGUAUAUAUUGAUUCCUCUCAGAGAAAUUGAAAUAAGCUCUUUGCAGGUGUCCACUCCUAGUAACCAUUCAUUGGUCACCAGAAGUCUCCUUUCACACAAGUGUUUUUCUGAUUCUCUAAUAACUAAUUAACUGUCAUUGGGUGAUUAAAGGAACAAAGGAAGAGUGUGAUUAAGUGUCCUUCGCUUGAAUUUCUCUUUAAGGAGUGACUAGGGAGAAGUCCCUACGGCGGGCCCUUCAGGUUGCAAGGGAGCUCUCCAUCACCUGCUUCUCAGCCACGGUCAGGCUGAGCUCUCCUCAGCAACGGGGAGAGUGUUCCUUUCAAAUAACACGCUUCCUGUUGUCCAUUUAUGAUUCUGUUUGAAGUGCCUGCCUCCCGUGUACAUGUACUGCCUGGAUGCCUCCCCAUCUCUGAAAUGAUCGAGCCUUUUUUAUCAGAGGCUUCGUCUCCUCCUCUGCGUGGCUUGGUGUCCUUCCUGAGCUGAUCCAUUGUCAUUUUUAAAUAUAUAAAGAGGGAAAGAAAAUCACGUUUCAUUUCAGAACUUCUCGUUUGCUUUUGUAUUCUCCAGAAGGAAAGUAGGUCUGGGAGACCUUGUGAAUUCAACUCUGGGAGAUAAAGAAAUGAAAAUGUCCUUUAGCCAGCUAGCUGUUCCAUGGCUUCACUGGAGAUGUCACACCAGAAUACCUGCACUUUUUGAGCAUUGUGUUAAAACGGGCAAGUUUGAUUCAGAUUACACAGCACUAAUUGGCGUGUCAGCCUCAGAGCUUGAAAAGGCAUUUGUUCAUUGUCAUACGCAUCUUUUAUAUUCUGAGAGUUGCAAGAGAUGUUAUUAUAUUAAUUCUUAGAAGCGUUUUUCACUGUUUGAGAUCGUGAUUCAUGGCCCUCAGUGUAUAAGAUACAGGCGCACAGUAUGUUAUGUAUAUGACAGAGCCCCUACACAUUCAGGUGUCUUUGCAAGAACCUGUCUGUGUAAGUGAUGAGAGAAUCUGUUCCUUGUAGGGGAAAACGAUCGCAAGUCCCUUAACUCUGAUCUGUACUCGGUACCUGCUUUAGAACAUUUGAGGGGGGAAUGACAGCCCACAAACUCAGUCUGGCUCUCCUCUCUCAACUCACUAGGCUGUAAAUGCUCCUCCUGACCCUUCAAUGAAACUUAAAUGACAGUGAUAAGUUAGACAUUGUGAACCUGUGAAAGACCUUUGUGAUUUAAAUUUGGAGGGACCAGCAGCAUGAUUUCUGUUUACUGGUCAAGAGAUAGCGCACCUCUUCACAGUUAAUAUUUUUAAAGGCAGAAAUGGAAGGUAUGGUUAAGGGUCAAAUUGUUACUUUAUACCUGCUUUCAAUUAGCUUCAUCCAUCAAACAUUGAACAAUGAUUCCAGCUGUAUGUUUAGGAGAUAAAAAUUAGUCCAAGCAACAAAUGUAUCCAGGAGGUAAGCAUACAGUCUAGUUUUAGAAAAGGGAGGUGGGGGUGGGGUGGGUCUUAGCCCAGGCCUGAAAGAAACGACCCUCUGCCAAUUUCUUCUGAAGGCAGAGUUACUUGGUUUGACUUCCAGUAACAGAAAUCCAGGCAAUUUGAUUAUCCGGUUUGCAAUAGACAUUAAUGGAAUUCUGGGGCAUUUGUCCUGUUUUAUGUGCAAAUGAAAGAGUAAAAAAUACUAGAAGGGUAUUCCAUUUUUCAGGCGCCUCCACUUUUUGAUCCCAGAGAAUGAUAAGUGACAGACCCGUUGUGGUGAAGUUUCAUUAGACAUAAUGAAGAAAGUGAAUAAAUAGAACCAAGAAUGUCCAUAUUUCUCAGUUUGUCUUUCAGGAUUCUCUUCGCAUAUAGAUAUAGGAAAAUGAUUUACUUCCCGAAUCUAGAAGGACUUCCAGUAGCAUAGAUCAACUUGAAUUUGAUGGUCUGUACCAUCAGAAAUAACUAAUGUCUGUGUUCUUUCCUUUUAGAGUAUAAUCAGUUACAGAUAUGUUAGAAUAUUUGGGGCUUCAAAACUAAAGGGUUCAGUACUGUACCUUCCAUUUUUUUCCUUUUAUUACAUUGAACAUUUCACAUAGUAAGAUGAGGAUGUGUCAUCAGUAGAUAACUGAAUUAAAACCAUGGAGUCUUACAAUUAAUAAAAAAAUUUUUUAAUUUAUUGUCAGUUCAUUUUCAGAUCUGUACGGUGCCCAGUGCCCCAUCAAAAUGCUUCAUAAUGGAAACAAACAAAAUUCUGGGGAGCUUUCCACGAGCAAGAAUUCAAAUGCCAAGAAUUCAGCCGAUUAAUGGGAAGUCCUCAGAUAGUAGUGAUUUUUUUAAAGCGCCUUCUUUAAUUGGCAGUUGUAAACUGUCGACCUUAAUGUUCUUAAUCAUUGAACAGAAACGGGACAUGCUCGGGUGGAUGCCACUUCUUGAUUCAGGAACUUCUCGGUGUUUCCGGAAGCAAACUGUUUCAUGUUAGUGCUACUUUGGAGAAAAGCAUCUUUCAAAUAGCAUUUUGCACAGAGGGCCGAUAAUCUUGACUAAGAACUGAAAUUGUCCAGGAAACUCCCACAACGCCACGUCAUGCUGUAGAAAAGCCGUGCAUGCCUUCUGCCCCAAGGCGAGUCCAGAGCCCACUGGCCACCCGGGGAGUGGGCGGCAUGCACACUCCCACUUGCAGACAUGGUCAGCACACAGCAGCGUGUGACUUCCCUUCUGGACUUAGUCCUAACCACGUUUGUCCCGUUAUUUUGUCAUUAAAUUGAUCCUUGAAUAAUUAGUUUUACCACCUGAAAAUUUUGAAAGCAGGGUUUGAAUUUGUGUACGUCCUUCUUACUUUACAUAUGAGGUUAUUAUAUAAUUUAUAAAACUUUUCCUUAAUAUGGAUCCUGUAUGUGAUGUCAGAGCGAGCGGUCGAUUCACUGUGGGGAAAAAUGAUCGGCCACUAGCUAGUCAGAGUAACUGAUUGGUGGCUCUAUUUUUAAACCAUUUGUUGUGUUGUGUGGACAGAGCUGUAGUGCCCUGGAAGAGAUGUCUUCUUUUUUAACUCUCAUCCAGCUCAGUCAUUUUUUCACUCCUGUCACUUUAUGAGUCCCUCACAUAAUUGUUAGUCAUGCCUCUGACCUUCUUAAGCAUUGAAGUCUUGCCUUCUCUGUGAUCGAAGCAGACUUCUUGCCGUAUUUCUCUUAUUCUUCUCACUUUGCAGUGGGCUCUCCUUUAACGACGCAGGGCAUCAGCCACCUGCUUAGUGCAUGGGACAUUUCCUUGUGCUGCCUUCGUGGUGACAGAAGUAGGUAUUGCCGACCAUGUCCACAAAGGGAGGUGAACACAAUGAGCUAUGUCAGAAAACGCAAAGGCUGAUUUGAGGUAAAGAACUCCAGUAUCUCCAGAGAGGGGGCGGGGGGCACUAGUUCACCAUGGCAACAUGACUGAGUGACAGAUGGUUUUUUUACCAUUGGUGAGGAGGUAGUUUAAGUGUUCGAACUUCACUUCCCCUGUAACAGAACAUUUGUUAAAGUAUGUAACAAUCUGAGUCCACAGUCUUGGAGAGAAACAGCUAUGGAGUAUGCUGGUGAGCCUAGAUAUU